AUGGAGCACCAUCACGAAAUAACGCAUCAUCCGCGGGAAGGGCUCGAGAACCCGGAUCUGAAGGAUUUCUCGAAUAUCGACUUCGAGAACGGCAACAUUCAACGGAUCCACAGCACAUUGCGGCAGAUUCAGGAGAAUAAUGCCAGCAACACUGCCAGACAACCUCGGGGCAUUCCGAUCAACAAAACGUGGAUUGCCAUCGGGAUCGCGGUAUCCGCUUUCGUGUUCCUGUUCUGCUGCAUCAUCUACUCCGCUAUAUUCCACGUGCAGGAGGGACAUGUUGCUGUGUUAUUCAGGGGUGGAGCCUUGCAAAAUGAAACCCUGGGGCCAGGCUACCAUCUGAAAAUUCCCAUCUUCACCGACGCCAAACUGGUCCAGAUCACCCUCCAAACCGACGAAGUGAGCGAUGUUCCGUGCGGGACCCAGGGCGGUGUCAUGAUCUACUUUGACCGCAUCGAGGUCAUCAACAUUCUCAACGAGGAUGCGGUGAUUGACACCGUACGCCGCUACACCACGGAUUACGACAAGCCACUUAUCUACCAGAAGGUGCACCACGAGAUUAACCAGUUCUGCAGCAAGCACACCAUCCAGGAGGUGUACAUCGAUUUAUUCGACAAAAUCGACGAGAACCUAAAAAGUGCGCUUCAAGCGGAGCUGCAGAUUUUGGCGCCUGGUCUCUACGUCCAAUCAGUACGGGUGACAAAGCCGAAAAUCCCAGCUGAAGUGCGCCAGAACUACGAGCAAAUGGAGGCGGAAAAGACCAAACUCCUCGUUGCUGUCGAGCACCAGAAGGUCGUCGAAAAAGAGGCGGAAACCGAUCGGAAACGAGCUAUUAUUGAGGCCGAGAAAAAGGCCCAAGUGGCCGCCGUGGAGCACAAGCGAUUUAUUGCCGAAAAGGAGAUGCAGAAAACCGUGCAAAAGCUGGAGGACGAGAUCCAUACAGCCAAAGAAAAAGCCAACGCUGAUGCGGCUUUUUACAACGCCCAAAAGCAGGCCGAGGGUAACGCAAAGCUGCUGUCUCCCCAAUUCAUCGAGCUGAAGAAGAUCGACGCGAUCAAGGAGAACAACAAGAUCUACUACGGGGACAGCAUCCCCAAGGCGUUUGCCAUCACCUCAGACCAGGCAGUCUCUGGGAUGCAGAGCUCGCAGAAGAAGAGGGAGGUCAAGGAAGAUGAGGAGGAAAAUCAGGAUUCUGACGAUGGCAAAGACGCCAAAGCGCUGGUAGCGCAGCCGGCUCAAAAAUCCCUGUUCAACUUCAAGAUGCCGGACAUCAAGGGGCCCAAGAUUCCGAAGGUGACGAUGGGGCCGGAUGGAGGAUUUUCCAUUGCU